AUGUGGGCAUACGGCCUGCUGCUGAGGAAGCAUUCCACGCCCCCGGCGGGGAAACCGACGCCCCCGGCGGGGAAACCGACGCCCCCGGCGGGGAAACCGACGCCCCCGGCGGGGAAACCGACGCCCCCGGCGGGGAAACCGACGCCCCCGGCGGGGAAACCGACGCCCCCGGCGUGGAAACCGACCCAGCCUCUGGCUGAAGCUAAUUCUGCUGGUGUUGGUGAGGGCAGUCAUGGGAGUCCCUGUAAUCCCCACCACUUCACGGCAUAA